GUGCGUCAGAUAAACACCCGCCAAAUAUUUGAUUGCCCGAGAGGUUCUAGGUUAUGUGAUGUGGAAGAGUAGAAUUCAAAUGAAAUAUUUUAUUUUCAACUUAUCUUAACUAUCGCAAUUGUAAAAAUGGAAAAAGAAGUCAAUGAUAAUCGAGUCGUUGAAAGUGGUAACGAACAUAUGGAAGUAUUUUGCAACAAUUUUGAUGUAUCAGAAAGUAAUGAGAGUUUACUCUUAUUUAAAGAAUCUGAAAAUUUUGUCGGAAAACAGCAUAAUGAUAGGGAUGAAUUUGAACCUAGUGUUGAAGAAGAUUUAAAUAUAAAUAGGAUUGGGAAUAAACGUCAAGUUAUUGCUGAUAGUGAUUCCGAGGAUUUCGACAAAAAUUCAUCUUCAGGAAAACUUUUUGAAGUUUAUCAGGAAAAAUCGCAAUGCAUUGAACAUAUCAUUUCAGUAACUGGUUUAGAAAAUCAUUCAGUAUCACAGAUCGCAGUUGAAACUAAAAAGAAGUCUAAACGGUGGGCUAUUCUAGAUAGUGACUCUGAUCUGGGUGAAGAGGAAAGUACCUUCGGCCCUGAGAGCCAUUCUUAUGAGGUAUCCAAAAGUCACGAAUCCUUGGUUAACACUGAUCAUAAUGGAAAAAUUGUUCCAGAAAAUUCAGUUCACGAGAAAUCCAGAUGGACAGCUUUAUGUGACUCAGAUAGUGAUGACGAUUAUCAUGAGACAGAAAUUGGUAAUGAUAAUAAUGAAAAUGCACUUGAAGACAAAAUGAUAAACCCAACUCCAUAUAAGAAAAAAAAUAGAUGUAAGACUACAGAGAAAACGUCAAAUGUUAAGAUGACUGGAAAAGAAGCUGCUAAACAGAGACGAGAAAUUCAGUCUGAAUCUCAGAGAAUGGUAAGAGAAAUGAAUGUGUCUCUUCCCUAUCAUCGCCCAAAAUCUUUCACUCUUAAAGAAUUUUUAUCCAGGAAAACAAAAAUCUCAUCAGCUAUUCCUGUACCAGCUGGAACUUCACCUUCAGUUGCAAUCAAAAUGUCCAAACAACAACUAGAGAUCAUUUCGAAAAAACUCAAACAGCACGAGAAAGAAGUCAAAGAGUUCUACAAAUCUGAAAGUGAAUCUGGAGAUGAAGAUACAAAUAAUGAGGAUUAUGUUCCUCCAGGUAUGGAGAAAACUACAGGUUCCAAAGAAAUCUCACAUUCAGAAACAAAAUCUGUUGAUGAUAGCGAAAAAAUCUCUUUAGAAGAGAAUAAAAACGAUGAAAUGGCUGAAGAUUCUGGUGUUGACACUCAACAGAUAGAUUUUAAUAGCGAAAAAAUCUGUACAGAAGAAAAUAAAAACGAUGAAAUGGCUGAAGAUUCUGGUGUUGACACUCAACAGACGGAUUUUAAACAGACAGAAGAAGUUGUGGAAGAAAGUUCAAUUGAGGUGAAUGAUAAAUCUGUAGAAAAAAAUGAUGAUAUUUCAAUUGAAACCAUUCAAAAGGAAUCUCAACUCGAUGAUAGUGUAAUGCAUGUAAAUAAUUCAUCAGUUAAUAAUCACAUUGAUGGCGAGAUGACUCAAAAACCUACUGAAAUUCAACAAGAAUGUGAAAGCUCUGAACAGCCCAGUAGAACACUUAAUGAAUCUGAAGAAAUCUGUACCAUAGAUGACACUGAAAAUAGAGAGAAUCAGAUUUAUCAUGAUAAUGGGGAAUCAGCUGAUAAAAGUGGUAUAAUUUUUGAAAAAUUAAGGGAACCUCAAACAGUUGACCAAAAUUCAAUGGAGUAUGAAUUCAACUUGGACGAUAUUGAUCAAAGUUCUGAAAAAUGUUCUUCAGUAGCAAAAGUUGACCCAAUUGAAAAGGACUUGACUACUAAUAAUCACAAUGAAGAUGAACAUAUAAUUGAAAGUACAUCAAAUAAUGGAAAGAAAAACAUCUUUCAACCAGUCGAUAGCGACACAGAACAUCUUAAUAGCAUAGAACUUUCUCAAGAUUUGUUUGUAGACUCCACAACGAACAAACCGAAAAGUUUUGAAUAUUCAGACUUGGACAGAGAAAUAGAAAACUUUACAAAUAUUGAGAAUUCUGUUCAAACUGGGAAACCAACGUUAUCUAAACUGGAGCUCCUUAGAGAAAAAUUGGCAAAUAUAAAACCGCGGUUAAGUGGGGGAGAAAAUGAAAUCAUUGAUUUGAAUACAGAAAUUGCUAGGCCCAAUGAAGUUACAAAACUCAUGCAAAGAUUUGUUCAACAUACCACAAAAAUAAAUAGUCAUAAAAGUAAAGUAAAAUUAAAUAUAGUCAGUGUAGAAAGCGGAGAAAUAUUCAAAGAAACAGUAGAUAUGAAUGUUGAUGAUGAUGAUCCAGUUGAUAUUGAAGAAAAGCCUGGGGCAAAACUUCAAAAGCUUCGUGGGGAGCUUCAGAAUCGGAUGUCGGAGCAAAGAAAGAAAAUGUGGCAAAAAAAGAUAAAUGCCGAGCCAACUUCAGCAGACAAAGAUCCAUAUGAUGGUGAAAAAUCAGAUUGUGAGUCUGGAGAUAGAAUCCUCGAUGAUGAUGAAGAAGAAGAAAUGUCAGAAUCUAGUGAAGAAGAAAAUGAAGAAGAAGAAGAAGAGAACGAACAGAAAGACAAACAGAAAGACAAACAUCAAGCCAAAUCAUCUUUUUUCAACAAUGAAACAGAAGAAACCGAUAGAGAAGAUUCUGAAGAAGACUGUAUUGAAGCAGACGAUGGUGAUGAUGAACAAGAAAUGGAUGAAGAAGAGAAAAGUAAAGUUCUUGAAGAUGAAGAAUCUAACUCCUCAGAUCAUUGUGAAGGAAAGCCUGUCAAAAAAACCUUGAAAAGAAUUUUGAAAGGUUUUACAGAAGAUUCAGAUGAGGAUGAUCAAUUUGAUUUGACUUCUCAAAAUGAUGCCACAAAAGCCGUAGAGAAUUUGAACCAAAAUAAAGAAGCAGAGGCAACACAAGAUGAUGAUUAUUUGCCUUCUCAUCAACCACAAAAUGUCAAAACUCCUGUAAGGCAUCCUGCUGUUUCUCAGUCAACAUCUGAAUAUGAUUUCUUGACUCCUGUUUCUUAUAUAACUGGUCUCAACAAUCUAAAUUCAGCAUCGAAGUCCAAAAGUUUUGGAGUGGUGUCACCAUUUCGAAUGCCAAAUGUACCAUCACCAUUGAAAGAGGCGAAUUGGCAUGCCAACUUACAGAAAAAGUUGUUCACUCAUUCAGAAAUAACUAAUUCACAGGCUGAAGCAAUAGCUGAGUUAUGUUCAGACAAUGCUUCUUUUUCUCAAGAACCAGAUAAUGAGAACACCAAUCAGGAAUUAGAAAAACUGUGCUCUUCUCCUGUAAAUACCCAAGAUAUUUUGAAUAUUUGCUCUGGAGAAUUUACAGAUAACUCACAAGCAGUGCCCUCCAGUGCCUCUCCUACCUCUCAGGAUCUAUUAAAUAUUUGUUCUGGAGAGUUCACUGGAGUAUCUCAGGAUGUUUCUCAUGAAGCUAUCCAAACUCCUCUUGAAACUCAUACCUUCAAUCCCACCAAGGAAGUCAAGAGCCUUGGUGCUGAUGAGGGUUUGAUCAUUUCUCAACUGUUGGAUGAAGAUAUGGAGAAAUUCAAGAAGACUUUUGAAUCACCACUGAUGACUAAUACACAAAGGAGAAUCGUAGAAGAAUUUGAGGAAAACGCUGCUAGUGGACGAGUUAUCGAUUCAGAUGAUGAUGAAGGUGAUGGGCUUGAAAUAAAGAAGAAAGUGCAUCAGAAAAAACUAAUAUUUUCAGACGAGAGCUCAGAUGAUGAAGAAAAUGAAGAAGUGAUUGAUUUACACGAUGAAGUCGAAGAAGACGAUAAUGAUGAAGAGAUCAUUCCGGCUGAUAAUAUUGGCUAUGAUUCAGAAGAAAAUGAAAUUGAGUAUAUCAGUGACAAAGGUAAACUGGCAGAUUUUUUCGAUAAAGAGGCCGAAUUAUCAGAAUCAGAAUGGGGAAGUGCUGAUGAAGAUGAAAAAGAUUUGGAUACAAUGGAGUUUGAGCAGGGUGAUAUCGAAAAAUUUGAUGAAAAGAAAAUUAGAAGUGAUUUGGAAAAAAUACAUAUGAGGAGAAUGCUAGAUGAUGAUACGAGAGAGGUAAAAUUGUUGCAAGAACUGCUAUUGGAAGAUGGUGAACUACAUGGUACAGGUCGGGAGAGACAAUUCAGGUGGAAAAAUAUAGAUUCUGUGGAUGAUACUGAGGGUGGAAACAAAGAAGAUAAUGAUGUAUGUUAUUUAGACGAAGAAGAAAGUGAGGAACAGUGGAGGAAGAAAAGACAUGAAAUAGAAAUGUUUCUAAAGGAAAAACAGCUGAAGUCAUCAAUUUCAGAUGAGUUUGAUCUUCUAAGUGACAGUCAGAGCCAGUUAUUGAAGACUGGUCACAAAGUUAUACAAAAUAGUUCCCAAGUAAGUGUUCCUGAUAGUAAACCUACAGUUAAGUCGAACAGUCCAGAUAUUAAAAGCACUUUCAGCUUCAUGAAUAAGCGUGGUUCCUUUCUCAGUCGUAAUGACCAGGUGCUGCAGAGGUUAGCAGAUUACAAUAAACAAACGAAUACUGCUGUCAAUUCGGUGAAAAACUCAAGGAACUUUUUGUUUCAAACAGUAACUGGUGCAGAGACGACAGUAACUAGCGUGGAAAAGAAAAGAAAAGCAAUUGGUGGUACGCCUAGGGUAAUAAAAAAAUUGAGGUUAUCAGAUAAUAUGAGCCCAGCUGUAGGUAGAAAGAAGAAAAUAGAUCAACCUUCUGCGAAAGCUAAGUUAUUUGUCCAAUGAAAUGCUGCAAAUGUAUUAAUAUUUAGAAUUUGUUUGUGUAAAUAGAAUGAGAAAACCUCAUGGGAGACUGAUCUUAAGUUGACAUUAGAUAUUGAAAUAUUUAUUGUAUAUUUGUAGAUAUUUUGAAGCUGUAAUAUAUUUUCCGAGUUUUUAACU